CAGCAACAGACAAACAUGAAUACGAAGGGCAUGGCUACAGUCCUGGCUGUGAUAUUCUGUGCUACAAUUGUUCAAGGCUUCCCCAUGUUCAAAGGGGGACGGUGUCUUUGCACAAACCCUGGAGUAAAAGCAGUGAAAGUGGCAGAUAUUGAGAAAGUCUCCAUAAUUUACCCAAGUAAUAGCUGUGACAAAAUAGAAGUGAUUAUCACCCUGAAAACACAUAAAGGACAAAGAUGCCUAAAUAUCAAGUCAAAGCAAGCAAAAGUUAUAAUCAAGAAAGCUAAAAGAAUGAAUUUUUUAAAAUAUCAAAAAGUAUGAAGUCCUGGAAAGGAGGAUUUGAAAACCUAGAACAAGUGUAACUGACUACUGACAUGAUAAGAAUUCUGCAAUAGGAAACUGACUUUCUCCUGCCUGUUGUAAUGAACAUUCAUGCAUUUCUAGGUUAGGAAACUUUCUAGGAGAUU